AUGCCGGAAGAGGCCGGAUCCUCAACCGGAGGCGGCGGCGGCGGCGGCGGAGGCCAAGCUUCUCGCGGACGAGGCAAUCGCAACAGAGGCCGGACUGAUCGUGGCGGCCAAAAUAGCAGUGGAGGCGGCGGCGGCCGGCGAGGCCGUGGCGGCGGAAAUCGUGGCGGCGUCAAGACCGACCUGCCCGCUGAGCCCGCUGCGCAAGAUGUCGCCGUCGCUGCCCGUGCUGCUAAGGAAGAAGCGGGUGCCAACGGUUUCGCUGCCCCGGCUCACAAGGCCACACAAAAGGUCGAUGAUGACGAUGAAAACGAGGACGUGUGCUUCAUCUGCGCCAAUCCCGUCGCGCACCACUCCAUUGCUCCCUGUAACCACAAAACCUGCCACAUCUGUGGCCUCCGCAUGAGGGCGCUCUACAAGACCAAGGACUGUGCCCACUGCCGAACCGAGGCUCCCUACGUCAUCUUUACAGACGACGCGGAAAAGAAGUUCGAAGACUACAAACCCGCCGACCUCACCACCGUCGACAACAACAUUGGCAUUAAGUAUACUAAUGAGGAUAUUGUCGGCGAUACCGUUCUCCUCCUCCGCUACAACUGCCCCGAUGCCUCGUGCGACUUUGCCGGGCUCGGCUGGCCCGAUCUACACCGCCACGUCAAGUCGGCGCACCGGAAGCGCAUGUGCGACCUAUGCACGCGCAACAAGAAGGUCUUCACACACGAGCAUGAGCUCUUUAACGACCGCGAGCUCGAGAAGCACAUGCGCCGGGGUGAUGACAAGCCCGGUGCCGCCGACCAGACCGGUUUCAAGGGCCAUCCGCUCUGCGGCUUCUGCGGCGAGCGCUUCUACGACGACGACCGGCUCUACGAGCACUGCCGGAUGAAGCACGAGCGCUGCUUCAUCUGCGACCGCCGCGACUCCCGCAAACCCCACUACUUUGUCGAUUACAACGCGCUCGAGCAGCACUUUAAGAAGGAUCACUUCCUCUGCAACGACCGCGAGUGCAUGGAGAAGAAGUUUGUCGUCUUCGAGUCUAACAUGGACCUGCAGGCGCACAAUUUGGCUGAGCACGCCGGUGGCAAGACCGUGGGGCGCGAUGCGAGAGUGGUGGACAUGGCGGGCUUCGACCUGCGGCAGACGUAUCAGGGGGAGCGGCGCGGUGGUGGUGGCGGAAGCGGCGGCGAGGGCCGAGCGAGGGGGCGCGGUCGUGGUCGGGGUAGGGACCCGAACGAGGACUCGGUGCCGCCUGCAUACGCACAACCAUUGCGCCGAGACGAGAUUGCGUUCCAGCGACAAAUGGCGAUUCACUCGGCUCAAUCAGUAUCCCAACGCACAUUCGGCGGCCAACUCUCCACACCGGCGCCGGCAGCCGCCUCCGCCGGCCGCGGUGGUGGUGGUGCCUCGCCACGCAACGGCAGCUCCACCAACACCCCGCGGACCGGCCCCGCGUCGACGGCUAAUCUCAGCGACCCGAUGGACAUACUCUCACUCAACGACACGGCCAACAUGACUCCCGAGGACCGCGCCCGGCUCGUGCGGCACAGCUCUGUCAUCGAGCGCGCCGCCAACCUCCUCGGCAACGACGCGACCAAGCUGGCCAGCUUCCGGCGGCACGUGUCCUCCUACCAGCGCGGCGCGCUGACAGCGCCGCAGCUCAUCGACGCGCUGCUGACGCUGUUUGGCGAUGUCUCGUCCAACGCGCUCGGCACCAUGGCGCGCGAAGUGGCGGACUUGUUCGAGGACAAGGCCAAGGCGGACGGCCUACGAGCCGCGUGGCAGGACUGGCGCGCCAUCAACGAGGACUACCCGAGCCUACCGGGUCUCAGCGGCAUGCAGGGCGAGACGUCCAGCUCGAGCGGCUGGGCGCACGCCGCGUCUGCCAACCCGGCCGCGCCGCGUGGUGCGCCCGCGCAGAAGCACUCGAAUCGUGUGCUCAAGCUUAAGAACAGCACGCGACUUGCAGGCCCAGCGCCCGUCACGAACGCGACGCCGCCGGGCUGGACGCCAGCCGCGGCCUCGACAUCCCGCGUACCCGCCGCUUCCUCCUUCCCGUCGCUGGCGGCGUCGGCCCCGCCCAAGUCGGGUAGUGGCGGUGCAUCAUCGGCUGGGCGCCCGUCGUGGGUCCCGGCGUCAUCUGCUGCGGCCUCCCUGCGCGCAGGCACCCGUGGCGCCCGUGGCGGUGGCGACGACAACUUCCCUGCGUUACCGGCCGCGCCCAAGCCGACAACGACCAUCUUCGGUUACGGCGGUGGGAGGGGUGUGCGCCGUGACUAUGGCCACGCCGAGUCCAACUUCCAAUGGGGUGGAGGCGGCUCCUCGGCGGACGCGACGCCGGCGGAGGCAGCGGAGGCAGAGGACGGCAAGGGCAAGAAGGGCAAGAAGGGCAAGAAAGUUCUGGUAUCAUGGGGUUAA